AACUAAGAUAACCACCCUGCUUGCUGGGUGUUACUGAUCCCACUCAGCCGUUAUAUAGCUGUAAGCAUGUCCAUCUUUUCAUGCUUUGCAGAGAAGGGCACUGUAGGAAACUGAAAACACUCCGAACAGUUCCAAAGGAAACAUUCUGUGGACAAGAAGAAAACGGAAAAGACCACAUUAAAGUGAGCACUUCUACCACAGGAGACAACAUUGCACCAAACAUGCAGACCAUGGCACCGUCAUUGGCUGGUAUAUGGAAGAAUGAACUGGGCUCUAUACUUUCUAUUGAUGAACAUGAUGGAAACCUUUUCGAAGGUACUUACCUAACAGCAGUGAAAUCUGAGGAAACUGAAGAUGACAUCAAAUUGUCAGAUAUUGUUGGGUUCCAGCAGCAGGACAAUUCAUUCACAUUUGGCUUCACUGUUAGAUGGUCCUUUUCAGAUUCUGUCACUGUAUUCACUGGGCAGUACUUUCCUGACAGUGAGAAUGGAGAGAUUCUGGAGACCAUGUGGCUGAUAAGAAGUAAUGUUGACAACCACAGUAAAGACUGGGAAGCUACCACUGUUGGAAAAAAUACCUUUGUAAGAUGGAGUUUGGAUAAGUGUUCGCCUGAAAUAGUGGAAAUGUUCACCAAAAGAAAAAAUUAAGGAAAUUGUCAUGAAGUGUUCCAGUGUUAUUAUAUCAGAACUCGUAUUACAUCAUGGGGACCUGCACAGUCUAUGUCAAAUGUAGGACUCUGAUGAAUGAAACUACCUUUCGUAUCUGCCUGCUCAGUCUAUUAUGUCAACAAUGAAUAUAUUCCACCUUGGCAAAACAGUUCUGCAUUAAGGUCAAAGACUCCAGAUCUAAAGCAUGCUCCAAUUCCUACACAUAAAUCCAAAUGCGUUUUAAACAAUUGCAGUGAAUGUGACUGAUGGAUGGUUAAUGAACAAAGAAAAAAAAGUGUUCAGGAUACCAUGGAUGAAUCUUUAAUGACAAACACAAUAGUGGGUGAGCAGUAGGUUAACAGAUUCAUGUCAUUUAAGUGGGCAUAAUUUAAUGUUGGGUAGCUGUAUUUCUACAGUUAUGGUUUAAUGCUGAUUAACUGUAGCAUUAAAUAAGGUUUAUUAAAGCAACGUAAAUCUUUCACACUUAGUUACUGUGAUUUUUAUGGUAAAUAAUACAUGAUUCCUAUCAUGCCUUGCAUUGCAGAUGACUGUAUUUUUGUAAAAUCUUACCCUUGUUUUUCUCUAAAAUGUUAGUAAACCAAAAUGGUUUAGAUGUUUGACUUUUCUGCUUGAAAAUAUGCAAUCAGUGUUAUCAACAGCAUUAAUAAAAGCUGCAGUACAAUUAAAUUCACAAACAGAAACAUCAGGAACCAGUAUCCAAAAGGUCUGCAACAGCAGAAGGCCUCCAUGACAGAAGCAAUACUUCAACGGAUAGAAAAUAACUCAAGACUACAUAGAAAGUACAGCAGCUUGCAAAGCUAGAAAAUUCACAGGUCUGUGAAGCUGAGUAAUAGCAGAGAAAUCCAUAGCACCUGACCAGGAUGCCUUCACAAGGGAAAACACCAAAAGUAAUAAAGUUCACAGAAGUGUCUUUCUAGAAAUUAAUGGCAACACAGCUAUAAUGCAAAGCCAAGUAUGUAUGUCAGGUAAUCACUAAAUACCAUACGUUAACAAGUGUUUCAGUUUUAAAAAAUUCAUAGGCUUGUUUCAUUCUUAGGUUUCAACAUUUCUUUAAUACAUAUCUAUAUUUGUAUCUGUAUCUAUAGAUCUAUGUAAAUAUAUAUAUAUAUAUAUAUAUAUAUAUAUAUAAAACAGACCUGACUGCCAUUGUAUUCCAUUUUCUUUUUCUUUUUCUCCUUGAUGUGGUAAAGGUUACAGUUAACAUGAAAGCUUGUCUUGAUUUUAAUAAAUUCAGUAUAUUUAUCUAUCAA